GCGCUGCUGAGGGAGAGCCGGCGAGCGCGGGGCAAUUCCAGCUGCCCCUCGCGGGCCGUAGCCGGGGAGCGGACAUGGAGGCGAAGGGGCAGAGGUUGGCCUCGCCCAGCUGGGGGCCGUUGACAUCCACGCCUAAGGCGGCGCCGCGCCGCCCUCCUCCUACCCCUCCUCCGACGCCAACCUCGAGUCUCCUCGAGAGGGUUGAUUCAUCGUCAUCCUUAUGUAGUGCAAGUUCAGAAGAGGAUUGGCUCAUCAAGGUCUGCUGUCCAGGAGCUCGUCAUCGAUACUGUAAGCAUACCCGAACCAAAAAGCCUCCCAAAAUUGAAUUCCAUCCGGAUUUGGAUAAAGAAGAUGAGUUGGCCGGAUGUACGUCUGCUCUCUCUUACCAGAGCUUCCUGGAAGUGCCAAGGAAGGAGAGUUCAGACUUAGGGUGGCUCAUCAGACUUCGCUGUCCAAGGGCCCAGAUGGAGCCGCGGACUUCGGAUCCAAAGCAAUCUCUUCCAGCAGUCCCCUCUACAAGCAAGGCCGAAAGAAGCGAUCAGUCUGCGAGGGCGAAACCUACAGAGAGCUGGCUCAUGCAGAAGCAUUUGUCCGCUCUGCAGCAUGGUGCAUAUUUAGAGAGCUACGAUCCUUCUGUUUAUGAUCCUUAUUUCUUGAAGAGUACAGACAUCUGGAAGGUGUCAGUGCCACCUUUCUGCGAUCCCUUGUUAAAGGAGGUGCAAGAACGAUAUCUUGAGGAAGGGAUUAUCCAGCAGUGUGACACAGGAAGGAUGUACUCUUCCAGAGAAAUGAGUGAAGUACAUAAGGCUGAUCUGCCCCUUCUUCCUCUGAGCCGGCGAAUUAUGGAUCCGAUUGAGUGGCUGAAAAUGCCAUCUGGCUACAUUGAAAGCGAGGUCCAUCAAAAGAGCAGGCGAAAAAUGAGCACAGCUAGGAACAAGAGCACUAUGGAUUUCAAGAGCUGGGAUGACCAGUCCCGGCUCCAGCCCAAGAGAUUCACUUCUGCGCGGAAAGCAGAUUUGGCCUCCGUGUCCAGCGUUCUGGCGAAGCAAAGAUUGGGCGGCUCAUCCAGCUUUCUGGCGAAGCAAAGAUUGGGCGGCUCAUCCAGCUUUCUGGCGAAACAAAGAUUGGGCGGCUCAUCCAGCCUUCUGGCGAAACAAAGAUUGGGCGGCUCAUCCAUUUGGAAACCAGUAAUAAAAUCUGCUUCGUAACAAAA